UGAUAUUAUUGACAGUGACAGCCGAUGGAAAAAUUGUCAUUUAAUUUUUAGCGAUUCCUCCAAACCCGGUCCCGAGGAGUGUGUGGGGGUCGGCAUUUUCCAUCAACAGUUUGGCAUUGUUCAGAAAAUAAAAUUGCCUCCAGAGACUUCAGUAUUUACUGGAGAAUGUUUUGGUCUUCUGAAGUCUCUGGAGUACAUUUUAAUGAUGAAGCUUAAAAAGUCAAUAAUUUUAACUGACGCUAAAAGUGCCCUCCAAGCCUUGGAACGUUUUCCUUUUAACAGUAACCGAAAUAAUCAUCCUGUGAUUAUUGCAUGUCGUGAUUUAUUGUAUCAAUGUUGCAUCAAAAAUUACACAGUUUCCUUUGCUUGGAUUCCGGGGCACUCGGGUAUCUUUGGCAAUGCCAAGGCCGAUAGCCUUGCCAAAGCUGCGGUCAAUGAUGGAGAUUUGGUUCCGUACAAAAACUUUUGUUGUGAUUUAGCUCUGCUUCCUAAAUUCCAAUUAUUGAAUUCUUGGACUCACAUUUGGCGUUCUUCAAGACAGACUAAAGGUCGAUAUUACAGCACGAUCCAGGUGGAUAUACCUCCUAAACCGUGGUUUUCAAAUCUGACGUUUGGUAAAGCUAUCACAUCGACCCUUAUUCGCAUGAGGCUGGGCCAUGCAUGCAUUCCCUUGCAUUUGGCAAGGCUUAACCUUUUGCCUAGCGAUAUAUGUGAGUGUGGCAAUGACGUUGGGGAUUUUAAUCAUAUAUUCUUUGCCUGUCCUCGAAAUGACCGUUCCGCUUUUAUUUCCUCACUUUUGUCCAUUAAAAUUCCUUUUCCUACUUCAAUUUCUAUCCUUUUAUCUAAUAUCAAUAUUGAUGUAUAUAGAAUAUUAGCUAGUUUCAUUUUUCAUAAUAAUAUAAAAUUGUAACCAUUUAUGUACUUAGUUUAUAUAAUAUAUAUACCUGAUCCUUUUUCCAAAUUCCGUUCCAAUUUCAAAUCCAAAAAAUAAAUCCAUUAAUUCACUUCCUAACCUUUUUGCGUGGCUGACGCACAAACCGUGCAGGCCAAGAAAUGGGAGAAAAAAAAAAAAAAAAAAAAAAACAAUAAUGUGCGAAUAAAUAUUUUUUAUUCACUAUUAAUGUACUGCGGCUAAUCAGUUAACAUUAAAAUGGAGGAAAAUACUGUUGCAGUUGAAAAAGUUGUGAAACAAAAAAGUUUUCCUAAGAAUAAGUUCCUAUUUAGCAUCACAAUCGUUUCUAUCGCAACUCUAGUCGGCUACGUUCACUACCGUUACGUUUCCCAUCUCUUUGAGAAUGACAGGAACUUUGCAUACCUCUCUGAGCUGGAGAGGGAGAUGUCAUUCCGUACCGAAAUGGGUUUCUAUUACUCUUAUUACAAAACACUGGUUCAUGAGAAGCCAUUUGUAGCUGGGAUAUCUAAAUUGAUGUUCGACAAGAGUGUGGAGCAUCCAAAAGAAGUGAAUGCAUUCAAUCGAUUUAAUAUACAUCCUGAGGUAUUGAUUGCAGCAUUGUACCGAUACUUUGAGGUUUGGCUCAACACAACCGAGCACAGACAAUGCCACAUUAUAGACAGAGGGCACGAUUUGAGUCCGGUUGAGAGCUGCGUCGGCCUGGGUCAGCCAAUCUACUUUUAUCUUGAGGCCAUCUGGUUGUUAGCCGGUUUAAAUGUGACCGCAUUGUUUUUACAUGCUACAGCAUUGAGUAACAGCAUAUUGGGAGGGAUCUUCACUGUGAUGCAAUAUUUUGCGAAUCACAGCGAAUGCACUAGAGUAAUGUGGGCACCAAACGAGAGGGAGAACAUGGCCGGUCCCCUGCUGAUCCUGCAAUGCUGGCUGGUCAGCAUGCAGCUAAGGGAUAGAGAGAGAAAAUCCACGUUUCCACUCCAGAUCUCGAUAUUUCUAUUGAACUGUCUCUGCUUACUAUGCUGGCAGUUCACCCAGUUCAUAUUCCUGACUCAGACCGCCAUAUUCUUCGUAAUGGAACAGAUAAGGGUGAUCGACACGAAGACAUUGUGUGUUCUCCUGCAUUCACACUUCUGCGGGCUCCACACCGCUAUACUGUUACUUCAGGGCAACGACAUGCUAAAAUCGUCCUUAUACGCAUCGUUCUUCGCGGUCGUUUCGGUUUACGCUCUACUCUUCAGCUCGUUUAGGCUUAAGGUCGAGAAUCGCUUGGACGUGUUCGUCGAGGCGUGGCUAGUGCUGUUGAGGUUAUCGAUAGUGACGUGCCUCUCUGUGUACUUGAAGAGCGCGAUCGGGGAUUUCUUCGAGAUGAAAGAGGACGGUCACGUAUGGGAGCUUCUCGCCUCAAAGCUCACCGACUACAAGAGCUUUCACACUAUGAUCUAUACUUGUUCCGAGGUUUUCGAUUUUUUGCCCCUCGGCAGUUUCGUUCGUUCGGUAGGGGGCGCUUUGCUGCCGAGCGCCCUGACCGCGAUCGCUUUGGCCACUAAUUACACGAUAAAAGAAACUCGAUCGAAAAUCGAACGGAAAAUCGAUAAGGAAAUCGAUGUUAAUUCGGACGACGGCAGCGAUAGUGGUAUCGAUAGUUCAGACGUUAAGACAAAGAAGUCGGGCGUUACGAUAAAAGAAGAAGAAAGGGAUAGCGAUAUCGAUGAGAUCAGAGAUGGGUUGGUCCGUUACGUGAAGGGCUUGUCAAUAGAUCCGGCGGUAUGUUACAAUCUGAUGCAGUUGGUCGCUUACGGCCUCAUGGCCGGUCUGGUUAUGAGGCUGAAGCUGCUAUUUGUGCCUCAACUAUGCAUAAUCUCAUCGCUGCUGUUCAACACCGAGUACCACAGAUACACAAAACCAUAUUAUUUGAAAUACGUAAUAAUCAUAUGCAAUAUAUGGUCUUUGGUGAAUACUAUGUAUUUGAAUGUGACGAAGGAAUUGUCGCACAUAGGUGAAUUCAGUGAUCCGCCCUUAGAGGAGUUGCUGAAUUGGAUAAUGAGGGAGACAUCGCCGAGCGCGGCUUUCGCGGGCUCGAUGCCGCUGCUAGCGACUGUGCUGCUGUCCACACGCCGACCUGUAGUCGCGCACCCGCACUACGAACACUACGAGGCCAGAGAACGCGCCUAUUCUGUCUAUAAAAUGUACGGGCGUUUCUCAGCCGAGGAGAUCUAUGAGGAGCUGAAUAAAUUGAAAGUGACGUAUGUCGUUGUGGAAACAAAAUACUGCUACGGAAGGAGCAAAAAGGGUUGUUCGUUCCAAGACAUAUGGGACGUCGAGGUCCCGGCCAGGAAGCGUGACCCGUCCAGCUGCCUCACACUCCUGCUGUCUCCAGCGGAGCACCUGUACCCUGUAUUCAGGAAUCAGCAUUACGCUGUGUUCAACGUCCACGACUAUAGCGUGAGGUGAGCUCACGGGGCUCAAACCGGAGUGUUGAUAACACUGACCCUAGCAAGAGCCGUGCUUCGCAGAAUCUACCACCGGAUCGAAAACGCGACCCACUGAGAAGAUCCGGCGAGAAACUCAGUGGGCUCUGUCUGUGGGUUAGUUCACUCGUCGAGCCCUUCGUCGCAAGCGACGGAUUCGACGAGAACGAGGACCGGUGCUUGAGGUACCUUAAAGCACCGUUAGUGGAUCGGGAGGAUCCGGAAUGACGUGUUUCACAGUCCAGCUGGCGUUUAUUGAUUGUCAAGGUCCAUGGACAUCAUUACGUGAAUUACGCUACCAACCUUGAAACAUGAGGUCUAAGCGUCAAUUGCACGGUACUUACACAAAUUCAAGACUUUUAAUUUAACCCAAAUCUUAGCUUCACGAACUUCCUAAAACAAAAUGUAUGCAAUACCAAUAACUUUAGCUACAAAAUUAUCAUUUCCGUUAAAGCUUUUUUUUAGUGUUUAGAUAGGUGGACGAGCUCACGGGCUACCUGAUGUUAACUGGUUACCGAAGCCCAUAGACAUCUACGACGUAAAUGUCGCCACCCACCUGGACACAUGAGUUGUAAAGUCUCAUUUUUUAACAGAACAACGGCUGCCCCGCCCUUCAAACCGAAACGCAUUACUGCUUCACGGCAGAAAUAGAUAGGUGGUACCUACCCGCGCGGACUCACAAGACAUCCUACCACUAAUAAUUACGCAAAUUAUAAUUUUGCGGGUUUGAUUGUUUUAUUACACGAUGUUAUUCCUUCACCGUGGAAGCCAAUCGUGAACAUUUAUUAAGUACGUAUUUCAUUAGAAAAAUUGGUACCCGCCUGCGGGAUUCGAACACCGGUGAAUCGCUACAUACGAAUGCACCGGACGUCUUAUCCUUUAUGCCUCGACGACUUCAAAGCUUAUUAAAAGUGGUAUAUGUGGAGGUUUCGAGAAGGAUACCCACACACCUAUUCUUCUGGACGGGGGGCCGAACCUUCUACGAGGUCCCCGCGCCUAGGCGACGCACGGUGUAUGUGGGACUGGACGGUCCGCAGACCUUGGGAACGGACCGCGGGCCCAAGGAUGGUUUUUGGGUCCUACUAAACUAAACUACUCAAUUCCCAUAAACCCUACCCAAGGGAUCGUUCAGUAAAACGACCAAUGUAUUUAUUACAAAAUUUAUUACUAAAACACAAGAAAAAAUACAAAACUCAUAAGGUUGUACGAAUGCUACUCCCAAAUUGUGCUUUGGCACUACAAAAAUAAAACUUCUUUUCGUCUUAACAAAUUUGUUCUGCGAAGGCCUGUAAUUAAAAAUACUUUUUUUUUUAAUUACACUCAAACAGCAAAUAUUACACAGCAUAUAAUAACAAAACUAAAAAAAAAAACAUUCUACAUAACGUCUUUAAAUACAUAGGUAUUUGAAAAAAAGCCAUUUAAUAAUAAUUAAUAAUAUGAUAAGUCAAAAUCUGUCACUGUCAAUAUCGCAAUUUUUUUUUUGUUUUAUAGUUAAAACCCACAGAUACCGAAUACCAUUUUUUUUAUUACAAAAAAGUUUUAAUAAGGUAUCAUAUUCAUUAAAGAUGAAGGUGUUUAACCAAUAAAUAAAAAUUACAGCAACGGCAUUCGGGUAAUUAUUUGACGAAAAAAAAAAUGGUUUUAUUUUAUUUUAUUUUGAAAUGAGCACGGUGGUUUAAAUCAGUUCUUAUAGCUAAGAAGUUACACUAUUAUUGCUGAAAAAAAUCUUAGAAAAUAUUUUACAAUACCAAAUUCUAUUAUGUAAGUACAUACAUUGAUAAUAAAAUAUUACGUCAUGCGCCAUUUUGUAUCUAUGUUUGAACAACAUCAAAAACUUUAUAUUGACCUAUGGAGGAUAUCUGUAAGGAUCGCCAUCUUGUAUAGGGGACAACAAGACACUUUGGAAGAGUCACCGAAAUAGCGCUAGUGUAAGAAUUGGAAAUUAUAUGAAUAUAGCAGUUUUGUACAGAGUAAAUUGUCAUUUGUAAAUUGUUUAAUUAAAAAAUAUACAGUGUAUUUAAAAUCUCAUCUAUUUAUUUUUAUUACUAUUUAAGUAUGAAGCGUUUCUUUGUUUGCUAAUUUAAUAUCCUGCUCUGAUAGUUUAAGGCGCUGUUUUUAAAACCCUUCCACAUGCUACUGUGGCGCCACCUGAAUUGGCUCCGUUUCAACGGACACUUUUUAUUACACAAUUUUUUUUAACGAGUUUUAUGACCUGGUAACUAAGACCUUUAGGUCAAUUAAUACACUAAUAUGCCGCUACGUAUUUCUAACCUCCUUAAGUUACUGUAACAAAACUCAAAUAUGUACGUAGAAUAAAAAAAAACACGAAUUCUAUUUAAUAAACGACAAAUCUCGUUAAGAAACUCAUAACGAGCAUCGUUAUAACGGAGAAGGCGGCGCGGUUCGCUAUAUCGGGCACUUGUGGGGUCGCCCGGCUGCACGCGUCCAAGUGUCUGAACAAUUCCAUGUAGUUCCUGGCGGGUUCGUGAGGAGCCUCGCCCGUGGGCUCCGUUAGGCCUAUAGUCGAGUCCUUGAACAACAAAUCGCUGAUCCCGUUGAAAGACGAGAACAAAUCCAAAUUGAUGAGCUGGUUCGCGGCCGCCGUGUUGUAACCGAAGUACGCGUCCAGCGAAUCGAAUAAAACGUUCAAAGCGUUGUUCAGCGGGUCGCCUCU